UUACCUAGUGGCAAAGCAAGAACUGAAAGGCUUGUCUUUUUCCCCAGGGAAGCCAUCCAGCGUGGCCUUGCAGUUCUUCAGAGACAAGUGCCUGGGGGAGACACAUUCAUGCAUGAAGGCUUUAAGAGGGCCAAUGAACAAAUUUACCUUGAAAAUCAUGGAGGACUCCAGACAGCGAGCGUGAUCAUAGCUCUAACCGAUGGGGAGCUGCAAGAGGCUCAGUUUUAUUAUGCAGAGAAAGAAGCCGACAGAGCAAGAUCCCUUGGGGCAAUUGUCUAUUGCGUUGGUGUGAAAGACUUCAAUGAAACUCAGCUGUCAACCAUUGCUGAUACCAUUGAUCAUGUUUUCCCUGUGACUGGAGGUUUUUAUGCUCUCAGAGGCACCAUUGAUUCAAUUCUGAAGAAAUCCUGUAUUGAGAUCCUAGCAGCUGAACCAUCAAGCAUCUGUGCAGGAGAAUCCUAUCAAGUGGUGGUGAAAGGCAAUGGCUUUUAUUACGCAAGGAACAUUGACCAAGUGCUCUGCAGUUUCAAGAUCAAUAACACUGUUACUCUCAAUGAAAAGCCAACAGUGGUUCAAGACACUUACUUACUUUGCCCUGCUCCAGUGAUAGAAGAUGUUGGACAGGUGGUUUUCCUGCAAGUCAGUAUGAACAGUGGGCAGACGUUCAUCACCAGCUCUGUCAGCAUUACCAGCACACACUGUCUUCAUGGGACAGUCCUUUUCAUAGCACUUUUAAUUCUGUUCCUGCUACUGGCCUUAGUCCUUCUCUGGUGGUUCUGGCCACUCUGCUGCACUGUGGUGAUCAAGGACCCACCACUCCCACCACCCCUGGAUCCUGACUCAGACGAUGAAGAUGGGUUCCCAAAGAAAAAGUGGCCUACAGUGGAUGCAUCUUAUUAUGGAGGGAGAGGCGUUGGUGGCAUCAAGAGAAUGGAGGUGAGAUGGGGUGACAAAGGCUCAACAGAGGAAGGAGCAAAACUAGAGAAGCCAAAAAAUGCCGUAAUCAAAUUGCCAGAACAAGACAAUGAACCAUGGGAACCCAAGCCAAAGAAAUAUAAUGUGCAGAAAUUGCCCUCCCAAAGGAAAUGGUAUACCCCCAUCAAGGGCAAGCUGGAUGCCCUGUGGGCCCUUGUUCGGCAAGGCUAUGAUCAAGUCUCUCUUAUGAGACCACAGCCAGGAGAUAAGGGACGCUGCAUAAAUUUCACCAGAGUGAAAUCAGAUGGGACUGUCAUCUCAUACAGUUCACCUCAGAAGCCCUCCGAGCAAUGCACCCUCCACCCUGCUGCAAGAAGUCCAUCCUCUCCAGAGCCAGUGCAGCCUCCUCCCUGCAGGCAGCUCCCUCCUGGGCCUCCCCCAUCACGGCUCCCUCCUGGGCCACCUCCAUCACGUCCCCCACCUCGGCUUCUGGCUUAGAGUAUGGGAAACCGAGAUUGCUCUAAC